AUUUAAAUAAAUUUUUUUUCAAAUUUUGAAUUUUUAUUCAGAGGCAGCACAAUCUACAAUCCUUUAUAGGGAUACAAUCUUCAUAUCUAAUAUUUUGUUUUUCUAAGUUUUAAACAUAACCAACUUAUAUAUGAAAAAUGAGAAUUAAGAAUAGAUUUAUGCUUUGCAAUUAAACAAAUAUUAAUUAGCAAUAAAAAAAUUUUAUAUUAUUAAGAAAUAAGAAUUAAUUUUAAAAUGGGUACUGUAGAAUAUGGAUUUCCAAUGGUUGGUGGUUUAAUGCCACAAAUUCAAGCUCUUAUAGCACCGCCUGUAUCAGAAGAUUCUAAAACAGCAAAAAAUAAGAAAGAUAAGGAAGAAAAAAAGCAUCCAUAUUUUAAAAGAAGAGGACGUGGUCAUAAUCGUGAUAUUUGUGAUGCUUGUCGAGAUGGAGGAGAACUUAUAUGCUGUGACAAAUGUCCUGCAUCAUAUCAUUUACAAUGCCAUUAUCCAGCUGUGGAUCCAGCAGAUAUUCCUAAUGGAGAAUGGUUAUGUUAUGCUUGUCGGUGUGCAUCAAAAAGAAAUCUUUUAGAUAAUAAAGGAAAUGAAAAAAACAAAAAAAAAUCUGCAUUAGAAAUGCUAGCUUUAGCAGCAUCUUUAGUUAAUCCUAGAGAAUUUGAAUUACCUAAAGAAUUGCAAUUACCAAUUAUGUUUCCUGGUAGUAAUAAAAUAGAUUAUGUUUCAGGUAGAAGAGGAAAGCAACAAAGUGGAAGUAAUAAUGUAGGAAAAAGUCAUUGUUUAGAUAACAAUUUAAUGGUACCUUUGCCAGCACGAUUGUGCUUUGAAUGUGGUCGUAGUUGCAGAAAAGCACCUUUAAUUGCAUGUGAUUAUUGUCCAUUAUAUUUUCAUCAAGACUGUUUAGACCCACCACUCACAGCUUUUCCAAUUGGAAGAUGGAUGUGUCCUAAUCAUCCAAAUCAUUUUAUAGAUCAGAAUUUAUUAACAUCAUGUAGAGUAACAGAACGUAUUAAACUCUGGGACAAAUAUGCUAAUCAACGUAUAGAUCAACAUGCUGUAAAAUUGGACUUUUUGCGGAAAGCACGUGCAACAAAUCCACUUUUUCGUACAAAAAUUAAAUUAGAAGGUCGUACAAGAGUAAAGGUACCGUGUUCCGUUAAAUUUCAUUAUGAACAUCCACCAGAAUUAGAUCCUAUACAAUUUUAUCAUGAUGCUGUUAUAAGACCAGUGAUUAAAGAUAAAAAUAUGCAAAAUGUAGAAAAUAAUGAUAAUAAAUCUCCUAAAAUAGAAAAUACAGAAGUACAAAAUUUGGGAGAAUUAAUGGAAGUAGAAAAUGAAAUUGAAGAAAACAAUGAAAUAAAAGAAGAAAUUAAUUUAGAAGAGACAAAUAGCAUGGAAAUUAGUAUUAAACAAGAAGAAAAAGUGGAAGAAAAAAAUGCAAUUGGAACUAAAUGUGAUGAUAAUAGUACUGAAUAUUAUGCAGAGCAAUAUGGUUAUGAUGUAAAAGAAGGUAUACAGUUACUUGAACGACCAGUCUUAGAAAUAUUGGCAUUACAACGUUUAGAACAAAUAUUAGAUCCAGAUGGAGAAAAUUAUGAUAUAAUUAAUUGCCAGAUGAAAGCCAGAGCAGCACUAUUUUCUUUAAAUCACAAACCUAAACCACCAGCUUUUAUGGUUCAUAAAACAUUAACUAUUGGAAGUGGUCCAAAUUGUGAUUUAGUUUUAUCUAAUUAUGGUAACUGCAAUUUUACAUCCUCAAAACAUGCUAUUAUUUUCUUUGACGAGAGUACCAAACGUUAUGAAUUAUUAAAUUAUAGUGAAUAUGGAACAGUAGUUGAUAAUGUACUUUAUUCUUGUAACUACACAGGCGUUAUAGAACAAGUAAAGGAAGAAAUUGAUGAUAAAUUACAGUCAAUGAAUAAGGAGCAAGAAACAACAGAUGCAGUAAAAGCUAUUAUAAAAGAAAAACUAUUGUCUCAAGAUCAAAUAGAAGAUCAAAAAGUAUUAUGUAAAUGUAAUUCAACAAGAUUAGAGACAAAAAAUAAAAAUCACUUAGAAGAAGGUGGAAGGAAGUGCUAUUGUUGCUCAUGGGUCAACAUUGACAUUUGGAUGUCUAAUGUUCGUAUUUAAUACGAUAAAUGCACAUUUAGAACGAUGAAUUAUUAUAAUGUAAAUAUUUUAUUAUUUUUAUGUACAGAUAUUUUCGUAAAUCAACGUUAAUUAAAUUAAUAAAAUAAAUUUUUUUAUUUUACAUUAUUUUCAUCUCA